GCUUCCGUUCUACUUCGGAACGGUCUGGCGCUCUGCGCAUAUUGGACGCGUGCGCAGCACGUUAUUCUUUCGGCGGCAGCUGCAGGGCGCAUUUGCAGCGAGGUUUCACGAUCAUCGCCCUCUCCCAGCGGCUCGUGUUGGGCGCUCGGCGAGUCGCGGCUCCUCCUUUAAGCUGGCUCGACUAAAGCCGCGAGAUGACCCAGAUGCUGCUAAAAUUCGGGGCCAAGAGCGAACGGGUGGACAGACAGACAGACAAACGGUGUUCGCUGGAGCGAGCCGCCCCCUCGGUUUUGAUUCUCGUGAGCUUUGCUUGCUGGCGUCUCGCGAGGCGACCGUAGCCGGAGCCGCUUGGCAGGAGGACGACCAACUCGCCCGCAUUAGGGUCGCCAGCCGCAAACACGAAGCGACGUUUUCUUAUGCCGCACGUGACGGUCCAGGCGCCUGUUCUUGUUUCUUUUUUUUCCCCUUUUCUGUUCUAACGCUCGGCGAUGCAAAAGUAGACUGAGUGAGAGAAGAGAUGUACAUGAGCCGCUUGUCCGUGAUACGUAUAUAAGAGUGGACUGGUCCGCGAGGGGGCUUCAAUCCGAGAUUGUUCCAGGCAAGUGUAGUCUCUUUCGUGAAGUUGGUGGCCUUGGGACUGGACGUCGGCUCUCUACAGCGAACCUCCACAAUGACUUACGGGAAGAAAACGCAAGCUGCUUUCCUGACCUGUAGUGCGCUACUGUUGCUAUCGACGGGCAGAGCAACCGUGGCGGCUACUUUUCCAAGUGGGUACUUCUACCCGCGGGCCUACCUGAGCGGCCCCGCUCAGCACACGGCGAGUCCCAGCACGCAGCACCAGUUUUAUGCUGCCAGCAGUCCUGUGGCGACAAGCAGCAGCAGCAAGAGUGGCACGACAUACGUGAUCCGCUCGCUCCGGGAAGGCGAGAUGAUCAAGCCCGAGCAGACAACCAUGUCGGGCGGAUUCGACGCAUACGCUAGCAGCCCGGUGCUGUCAGCAGCGUUCCCCAACUACGAGCGGAACUUCAACUACGUCAGGCCUUAUCUCUCAGGGCCGGUGAUGGCACCAUGGCAGUUUGUUCACUGAGUCACUGAGGUCUCAAGGUUCAAGGCACAGAAUGAAAGUAGUAAGGACCAAAGAAGAAAACAAGCAAAAUUAUUUUACUUACAAAACGAGUACAAAUUUUCGAAUUCUGGAAGUAAAAAAACGAGCCUAACUCAAGAAGGGCCAGAAGACAUGCGCCCCCAUCGCAUCUGCAGAUAAAAGGGUGCUUGGACAGAGCCGUUGAACAGACUUCGCAAGAAAUUAUUACGACAUCUGCCAGGUUCUACGGAUGCUUGAAAUCUACAAAUGCUUCCUGAGUUUCUUUUCUCAAUGUUUGUGUUCUUUCAAUUACAUCUGUCAGUUCAUUAAAGCGCUAUUGUUGGAAUAUUCAUUGCGGCCGGCACGAAAUGGUGUGAUGAUAA